GUCAUUUGUCUAAACGAAGAAUUAUGCUUCAUCUGCUUUAUAACUCCUCCUUCAGAAUUGGUAAAAUAAAUAGAAGAGUGAACUGGUAGAAAAUAAGAGAAACCCGAGAUGGCAGCAUCUGGAACGAAUGUGAAAAUGUGCUUACGGUCAUUGAUGGUGUUAAUUGCUUUCAUUGCAAUAAUUGAUGCAAAUGAACAUAUGGGAUUACCUACCAAUUGCAGAGAUGAAAUCCCACUUCAUUUGCUAAAGAAAAGGAUCAGCAUCACACAUCCUUCAAGUAUUUUGACAGUGUUGGAAAGACAUGAUCAAAAGAAAAAUCACAGCUGCCCAGCAUGGUCUCCUGAACUGCUGGCAAGUUCACACAUUGAGGAUAGGUCAUUCUCACCUUGGAGCUACAGGAUUAAUGAGGACCCUAAACGUAUCCCUGCAACGAUUCCAGAAGCUGUUUGUCUGUGUCGUGGCUGCAUCAGCUUUAGCAAGAUGAAGCAUACAUUGGAUUACAUCUCAGUACCUGUGACAACGACCAUGCAGGUCUAUUAUCACACAUCUUGUGGAGGACAUAAGUUUCAGUAUGAAACUAAAUGGAUUGAAAUUGCUGUUGCUUGUACGUGCAUUGCCCCAAAGAUGGGUUUAACUUAUUCAUAGUAGAUGCAUGUGCCUUGCUGUAAUUGUAUCUGUAUUUUGCAGAAUAAUAGAACUGAACUAAGAUACUUUGAACUGUAUUUCUACUGUGUUGCAAUUUUCUACUGUACUGAAUUGAGUUGUCCUUGAGGGAGAGACAUACAAUGCACAUCUAAAGAAACAUUUGAGAAAGAUCUGCACUUUUUGCUGAUGCAUUGUACUUACAACAGUUUUGCUUUAGUAUGAAAGGAAAGUACUUCAAGUGAUUUUCCCCCUUCCCCACCAUCCUGUUACUACGGUUGCCUCUAAGUUUCAAAACACCUCCAUUCCCUCAAGAAAUCUCUGCUCCUCUGAUUCUGUGAUCCCAAAUUUAAAUACACCACUGUUAGCAACCAUGUCUUCAGCUCAUUGGUUCUUAAUCACCUGAGUUCCCUCAUCAAAUCUCUCCACCUCUCGUUCUCCUUUAUGACUGUCCUUAAAUCCUAUAGCUUUAACCAAGCUUUUUGUUGUUUAUUCUAAUAUCAUUUUCUGAUAAUCAGGUAUAAAACCACUUUAAAAAAGUAUUUGUGAGAUGUGGACCUUCAUUUCUGGACUGGCAUUUAUUGCCCAUCCCUAGUUUCCAUUGAGGUGUAGUGAGCUGCCUCCCUCAACUGCUGCAGUUCAUGUGCUGUAGGUAGACCCAUGGGGUGUAAGAGAGAGAGGAAGAGGGUCAACUAUUAACAUCCCAUCAGGGCAGGCAGAUCAUGAAUGACUACAUAUUCUGCCUGCCUUAGU